AAAACACCUUUAAAGAUGUGAGGACUUUUAGGGGAGUUCCCAAGCGUGCUGUUUUCCCUGCUCCAAGCGCGUUUUGCUUCGAAUUUUUGAAUCUUUGAAAAUUUUGCUUCUCUGUUUUUGUACCUGGUGCCUGUGCUUCUAUUUGGGCUUCUCCAUAGGUUCAGUGGAACCCUGUGGCUGCUGCAUCACUGCCACCGUUUCAGUAGGGAUCUGCCAGCUAUCAGUGAGCUGGCCGUGACAUCCCGUCUCUUGCAUUUGAAUUUGCAUUCAUUCUAUGUGUUCAUAACUCAACUUCGAGUCACUGUCCUAAAGGUACGGAAUAGCCAGACCAGACAGACAGUCCCGUCAGGAGUGACGCCCGCAAGAUGAACUCAAGGAAAACAUCAUAAAUCAGCAAGGUGCGAUUCCAACAAUUGGCAAGAUUAUGUACCCUCUAUUCACAGGGACGCUCUUCUCUCUCUUAUUUAUUCUGGCCAUACAGAGCGCUGUACCUAGUACAGGGGUUGUUGAUCACGUGAUGAGACGAGACGGUUGUGCGGCGAUGAUCACGGGCCGUGACUUGCAUCGAAGCAAGAAAAGAUGUGAGCCGAGCAGAGAUAGUGGAAGCAAAUAUUCAACGUCUCUUUUCUCCCUCUUAUUUCCCGUGAAGAAACGUUUAGCGCAUUCUGGUCGGACGCACUUGCCAGAACGAAAGCCUUCUGCAUGAAAUCUCCCUCAACGUUGCAUUUGGGCGGCCCACCCAAUGGCACCCAUGCGCUAAAGGCAGCCAGACAUUGCUGAAAGGAUACUCCGUACAGGAAGAUGCACGUCAUUAGAUGAUAGCACACAGAGAAGAUGUCUGGUAUCGAAAUCAAGAGCUGCGAGAAAACAAUCGGUACAAGUGUGCACAAAAUACAGUAGCAGCUAUAUUGCCAGAGAGAUUUGGGAAUUGUAAAUCAGCACAAUCUGGACAGCUCCUUGAGGGUCACAGACAGUGGGGUGUUCCCAUUUAGCCUGAUGUAUCUUCUAACACGUGUUUCCGACUGGGAAACCAAGGCCGUGGAGGGACGGAGCAGAACGAUUAUG